UUUCUUCGUCCUCCCGUCGUUCCUGCCUUCUUCGUUCUCACCACUCUACAGAACAGGUCGUCUUCCUCCUCGCCAAUACUGCUGCAAACGCCGGCGAAUCCCUAGACGAUUUCGAGCCGUAUCCAAGCCGGCCUCCGGCGAUUCCGACCGCUCCCGCUCCCGGAGCGCAAAUCGGCACCUAAUUGAAGCUCUCGUGCUUCAUAGCUCCCACCUCUCCAAUGGCGACCGAAGCACCAGAGCAAUUCCCUUCGGCCGACAAAGUCCAAUCGCUUUCCAUUUCUGAACCUCAGGCCGAAGACCAACCCUCUAGUUCUUCUAAUCCAACCGCUCCAUUGAGCUUGGAGGAGAAGUACCGGAUCGUGAGGAGCGUGGCGGAGGAGUGCAUUCAAGAAGAUGAGCUUCAGAAUCUGCUGGCUCACAAGGCCGAACCCAUCUGCUACGAUGGGUUUGAACCCUCCGGUCGAAUGCACAUUGCUCAGGGAGUUAUGAAAACCAUAAAUGUGAACAAACUGACAUCCGCUGGUUGCCGAGUGAAGAUAUGGAUUGCAGAUUGGUUUGCACAGUUGAAUAACAAGAUGGGGGGUGAUUUGAAAAAGAUAGAGACAGUUGGCCGCUACAUGAUUGAGAUAUGGAGGGCUGCGGGGAUGAAUUUGGACACCGGAAAAGUUGAGUUUCUGUGGUCGUCAAAGGAGAUUAAUGCGAGAGCACAUGAGUACUGGCCUCGUGUGAUGGAUAUAGCUCGGAAAAAUAAACUUCCUAGAAUCAUUAGGUGUAGUCAGAUUAUGGGUCGAACUGAGCAAGAUGAGUUAACGGCAGCCCAAAUUCUCUACCCAUGCAUGCAGUGUGCAGAUAUAUUCUUCCUUCAGGCAGACAUCUGCCAGUUGGGAAUGGAUCAACGUAAAGUCAAUGUGCUUGCAAGAGAGUAUUGCGAUGACAUAAAAAAGAAGAACAAGCCUAUUAUCUUAUCACACCACAUGUUACCUGGUUUGCAGCAAGGGCAGGAGAAAAUGUCGAAAAGUGAUGUAUCGUCCUCCAUAUUCAUGGAAGACGAAGAGGCUGAAGUGAAUUUGAAGAUAAAGAAAGCUUACUGUCCUCCAAAUGUUGUUGAUGGGAAUCCAUGUAUGGAAUAUGUGAAGUAUCUAAUUCUACCUUGGUUCAAUGAGUUUGUUGUAGAGCGGACUGAAAAGAAUGGUGGAAAUAAAACCUUCAAAACCUUUGAAGAAUUAGCUGCAGAUUAUGAAAGCGGCGAGCUACAUCCAGCAGACCUAAAAUCAGCUUUAUCAAAGGCAUUGAACAAGAUACUCGAGCCUGUACGAGCACACUUCAAGAAUGACAAAGCUGCCAAACAGCUAUUGCAAAGUGUUAAGAACUAUAGAGUCACCAGGUGAUAACUGCAAUGGAGCUUGGAUUUCUCCUUGUUGCCCUUCUGCUCGCUCGAUCCUGAUUCGUGGAUGAAAAGACCUGUAUUUUUCGGAGAUGCAAAAUAUAUACUGUUUAGCAGAAACGAUAUGCUUAGGUGCUUUUGAAUUUGGUCUCUCAUAUAUUAGAUAAUAUACAUGAAAUUGUUUGGGUUCCACGGCUAUUAGUUCAUAUUACUGUUUCAUUUCUGUUCUCAAAAUUCCGAGGAAGGGAUUUUCUUUGACCAUUCUGUUUGUUUUUGUAUGGUGAAGAACAAGGGAAAUAUGUCCUUGGCUGGUUGAUGGAAUAAGUGGAAAAGCCAGUACAAUAUAUCUCUAUAAGCUUUGAUUAGCAGCAGGGUGGAAUCUUGUGUUUAAA